CGUAGGCCUGCUUUAUGAUCAGCCCAAUUUUGGUCCUGCUGCGUCAGAGGAUCUCAAUGUGCAUGGCCAACUUUAGUUUGCUAAUGCCUUGUUGGAGGUUUUUGAUCUUAAAUAUAGUUCGAGUUUAUUUCUCUUCUACCAAGAAAAGUAACAGUCAGAUGAGCACUAGGAAAUACAUUCCCCCAUAUAAAGUGGAAAUGACAUCAAACCCUACAUCUCCAGGUACCUCUCCUUCUGACGGUUCCCCCAUAUCUCCUCAGUCUCCACCCAGGACCCUUAAUCUGCCUAGAACAAGAGACCGUUCUCCAUCACCUAUGAGAGGGCACCUUAUCCCCAGUCCUCUCCCUACAAGACGAACAAGGACAUUUUCCGCAACUGUACGAGCUUCUGAAGGGCCUGUGUACAAAGGAGUCUGCAAAUGUUUUUCACGCUCCAAAGGUCAUGGUUUUAUAACACCAGUAGAUGGAGGACCAGAUAUCUUCUUACAUAUCUCUGAUAUUGAAGGGGAAUAUGUCCCAGCGGAGGGAGACGAAGUCACCUACAAAGUCUGCACCGUCCCACCUAAAAACGAGAAACACCAAGCCGUGGAAGUCAAGAUUACUCAUUUAGCUCCAGGUUCAAAGCAUGAAACUUGGUCUGGACACAUAAUCACUUCAUAAAUAUGCCUAGUGGCAAGCUCCGUAUCCCUUCACCUCACUGCUGUUAGUUCCUGUGUGUGAGAUGAUAACAAACUAUAACUAACAGCAGUGAAUUGGAUUUUCGUACUGGCGGAUAUUUUACAUACGUGCGUAGAAUACUGGGGCUUUACUAAAGCACUUAUAAGACUAGUGGGUCAGACCGGCGUGGCAGUUAUUUUAUUGCUGUAACCUACUGUGUCUUUUAGAUUUAAAAUCAUGUAUCAAAGUGAAAAAUCUGUCUUUUACAGUAUGUCUUGAACUAAAAUAUGUUUAUGUAUUUUUUUUGCUGUUUGGAAAAAAAUGAGAUCAAUAAAAGCACAAACCUUUUCAG